GAGGAGGACGGACCGGAACGGGAAUUGCAAGCCCCGUCCCCGAUGCGCGGCGGCGGCAGAACGAGCAGCAGCAGCAGCAGCAUCGCCCGGCUCCGGCCCGCGGGCCCCGCACCGGACUGUCGCUCCCCGCCUCGCCCGCCGGGGAGAACGGCGCGGAGCCGGCGGAAAGCGCACAUGGGGCGGCCGGGAUGAGGGGGCGCGGUGGGGCGGGCCCGACACCGCCCGUGCCCGGCCCGGCCCGCGCACGUGGUGGGGGGGGGACGCGGGCCGCCCCUCCCUGCCCGCCCCCCGGCGCGGAGGGGCGCGCUGUGCCGGCAUCAGCCCUCUUCUCCUGUUUUUUGGGUUGUGGUUUUUUUGGUUUUUUUUUUUUUUUUUUGAACUCUUGCUUAGCAAAUUGCGCGUGAUGAGCUCAUGAUGCCGCGCCCCCCCCGCCCAGGCUGGGGCAGGCAGGGGGACGUGAGGCGGGCGGGCGCGGCCAGCAGCGGGGGCUCUGCGCGACCGGGAGGAGAGGGAGCUCUCGGUUCCACGCUGUUUACCGGACACGGGUUGUGAGGCUGUUCCCUCUUUUUUUUUUUUUUUUUUUAAUAUAUUUAUGUAUAUUUAUUUAUUUACUGCCCCCGUCCCGCUGCGUGGCGGGUUGUUUGCCGCUCUGUUCGCAGGUGGAUCCAUGAACUCCCCCAAGAGCGGCACCGCCGCCGCGCAGCGCCGCGCCGGGGCAGGGGGAGCGGCCGCCAGGUUCGGCCCCGCCGCCGCUGCGGGGGGCGGCCCCGCCCGGGCUCCGGGUGGGCAGGCGUGAGGCGGGCGAAGUUUCUCCGAGCCGGGCCCCUCCGAGGGACUGCGGGCAGGGAAGAGCCUGGCCCCGCGGUGCUGGGGGAGCUGACACCGCCGCCGCCAGCAGAGCAGCCCGGCUUUGGCCAUGAAGAGGAAACAGAAGAGGUUUCUGCAAAUGACGCUGCUCUUCACCGCGGCUCUGAUUUUUGUGCCUGACAUCGGCCUCUGGUCUCUCUACAAGGAGAAGCACCUGGUGAAGCCGCCCGAAGCCGCCGAGCCGCAGACACUUCCUUUGGGGCUGGGAGAUGGACAGCUCUUUACCUGGACUGAUGGCCUGAAAAGGAAGGACUGGCAUGAUUAUGAAAGCAUUCAAAAAGAUGCUAUGCGUUCAGGGAAAGGUGAACAUGGGAAACCGUACCCUCUUACAGAGGAAGACCAUGAUGAUUCUGCUUAUAGGGAAAAUGGCUUCAACAUAUUUGUUAGCAACAACAUAGCACUGGAACGGUCCCUGCCAGACAUCCGACAUCCUAAUUGUAAGCACAAGGUGUACUUGGAAGCACUACCAAACACGAGCAUCAUCAUCCCGUUUCAUAACGAGGGCUGGACUUCUCUCUUGCGCACGAUCCACAGCAUCAUCAACCGCACUCCAGACAGCCUGAUCGCAGAGAUCAUUCUGGUGGAUGACUUCAGUGACAGAGAACAUUUAAAAGAGAAGCUGGAGGAGUACAUGGUCCGCUUUGCCAAGGUGAGGAUUGUGCGCACCAAGAAACGAGAAGGGCUCAUUCGGACCAGGCUGCUGGGUGCUUCACUGGCCAGAGGAGAAGUCCUGACUUUUCUGGAUUCCCACUGUGAAGUCAACGUGAAUUGGCUGCCACCCUUGCUUAACCAGAUUGCACUUAACCACAAAACCAUCGUGUGUCCUAUGAUCGAUGUCAUUGACCACAAUCACUUUGGCUACGAGGCGCAGGCGGGGGAUGCCAUGCGAGGAGCUUUUGACUGGGAAAUGUACUACAAAAGAAUUCCGAUUCCUCCAGAGCUCCAGAGAGCUGAUCCCAGCGACCCCUUUGAGUCUCCUGUAAUGGCUGGAGGUCUAUUUGCCGUUAACCGGAAAUGGUUUUGGGAGCUGGGAGGCUAUGAUCCAGGAUUAGAAAUAUGGGGAGGAGAGCAGUAUGAAAUCUCCUUUAAGGUGUGGAUGUGUGGAGGUGGCAUGUAUGAUGUUCCAUGCUCUCGAGUUGGACAUAUCUACAGAAAGUACGUCCCAUAUAAAGUCCCUUCUGGAACCAGCCUUGCACGGAACCUGAAGCGAGUGGCCGAGACGUGGAUGGAUGAGUUUGCAGAGUACAUUUACCAGCGACGGCCUGAGUACAGACAUCUCUCCACUGGUGACAUCUCUGCCCAGAAGGAGCUGCGCAAGCACCUCAAGUGUAAAGAUUUCAAGUGGUUCAUGGCUGCAGUGGCUUGGGACGUCCCCAAAUAUUACCCUCCUGUGGAGCCUCCACCUGCUGCCUGGGGGGAGAUUCGAAACGUGGCAGCCAACCUAUGUGUGGACAGCAAACACGGAGCCACAGGGACUGAGCUGAGGCUGGACAUCUGUGUGAAGGACGGCUCAGAACGAACGUGGUCACAUGAACAGCUGUUCACCUUUGGCUGGAGAGAAGACAUCCGCCCCGGGGAGCCACUUCACACCAGGAAGUUCUGCUUUGACGCCAUCUCGCACAGUAGCCCUGUCACACUGUAUGACUGUCACGGGAUGAAGGGAAACCAGCACUGGAGCUAUAGGAAGGUCAGAGUCACUGUGGGGCAUCUCGGAGGUUCAAACCAUCUUGAGCCUGUAUUCAGUUUAGCACAGGCUUGUGCUUUCCCAUCAAAGCAGUUCUGUUUUAAAAUCCACCACAUCCUAUUCCAAUUUAACUUUGUGGUAAUCUCUGUAAACAUAUUCUUGUUCCUUUUGAGCAUUCAGAUAUUUAGGUCAAAUUUAAAUGAAAAUGGAUCUGAUCCAGCUCAGAGGGUGUCUGUAUUGGAUCUUUUCCCUGAAAGGUGUUUUACCAUUCUGGCGCUUCAAGAUGCUUGUGUCAUUUUAACGGAGGCACUGUUGGAAAUAUUUUCAUCCAAUGUGACAGCAGCAAGACAUGCUGCUCAUGAGUUAAAUGUACUUUACUACAUUUUAAAGAUUAUAAGUGGCAGGAAAAUCUCCCUCAAAAAACCAAAACAAACAAACAAACGAAAUACCCCGAAAAAAAACAAAAACCAACCCAACAUUAAAAGCAUUGCUGUAAGCCCAAAGGAGGCAGGAGUUUAUGAACUAAAGAUAAGCAGCUUAGACACUACUUUGAUCUGCUGAAUUUCAGCCCAUUUUUAUAAAUCACUGAAAACAGGAGGUCAAGCUAGAAACUGUCAGAGCUUCAGUUGUGGUAAAAAGUCCUGGUAAUGCUACUGAUUUGUUGUUGCUGUUGUUGUUGUUAGGGUUUUUUAAUAGUUUAUCAGCAAGCUGUCUUGAUUAAAGAUUUCACUAAUAAACUAUGUAUUCCAUUCAGGAUAAGGAUUUCCCUGAAGCACUGAGGUUUUCUCUCACACGUGCUUCAGUUUUCUUUGACCACUGUGCCUUGCCCUUCACCUUGUUUAAGCUGAGGCCAAAGUACCAGGAAUUGGUCUUUGCCAGAUAAACCUCAAUAUGGUUUUCUAGUUUAAAAAUAUAUAUAGUACAAAACUAAUUCAGAACCAUUAAAAACAGGUUUCUCCUGAUGCUUUUUUUCUGAGUGCCUACUUAUUAGCUUGUGCCUUUUUUUACCUUAUUUAUGUUGCAAAUCGAGGUCCAUCAUAAGAUUUUUCAGAAAUGUAAUCCCUUUGAAGCUGAGGUAUUACUUGUAAGAAAGUUAGAAUGUAUGGGGCAGAUAUUUAGAGGAUAUAAAUUGUGGUGGUUGUAUUGCUGCCUAUCUGACUUUAUAAUGCUGUAAUAAUCCCUUCUUGCUUCAAAACCCUUCCGAUUUAUCUUUUUGCCUACCCAAGCUGCAAAUCAAAAAGCUUUCAUACUCUUAGCACUUCAUUGUUGCUCAAUAUAGCCAGUUCAUAAGACAAAAUGCAGGUCUGGAACUAUACUCUGUAAGGCUCAUCACCUUUGAUGAGGACAGAAUAUAGCAGGUACCGAAAAAAAAUGACAUUUGGAAAAAGUACACAGUGUUAAGUUUUAUUCAAUUCUCUGCACAGCUUCAUUUUUAAUUUCCAUGAGGCUGACAGGGCUCAUAUAAAAAUUCUCAAUGCAAGACAGGCAUUUCCAUCUCAGCAAGAAACACCACAAAGUUUUGUUAUGAUGGAAGUACUGACACGUUCUUAACCAUAAUCCCAACCUGACAGGAAGCUGGUCAAUUUGCAUAAACCUUCAGGUUAAGAAACUGCAUCGAAAUAAUAGAACUAUAUAUAUAUGGUUUUCUUUAAGCUUAGUUUUAGUUUGCUACACAAUAAGUGUUUUUUAAUGUUUCCUGUAAUCUGUUUCCUCAGGUAAAGGGCAGAUUCAUGUUAGAGAUUUCUGAUAGUACAGCUAUACCUCCAAAAACCUUGUAUGUGAAAUAAUCCUUUUCCAGCUCUGAAAGUGUCUUGGCAAUAGAACUUCUAGUGUUUCCCCCCCUACAAAACAAAAACUGAUCUGUGCUAGAGCCUUUUACUUAGGGAAGGGUAUGCUACUGAAUUUGCACCCUAAGUAAAUAAGAGUAAUAAUGUGGUUAAGAAAAAAGUGUUUCCUUUUAAAAGACAGAGAGCUGGUCAGCCACUCUCUUCUGUUCUCUGCACCACUUAUAGACACUGUAGCUUUCUAAUGGUUAUGUAUCCAUCCUGCCAAAAAUUCUUCUCAUGCUUUAGGAGAAAUGACCUUGCUUGUCAAUGUCUCAUAAGAAGCCUUUCUUGUCUUAUAAGAACAUUUCUUAUCAUGCUCUCAUAUUAUUUAUCUAAAACUAGAAUAUAAGAUUUUAUUCAUUUAAAGAUGAGUCUCUUCUCAUGAUCAUUUGCAUCUUGAGCCACUGAUAAAAAGUUACGGCAGUGAAGUGAUUACUAAGUGCUGCAAAUGCUAUUUGAAGCCAGGCACUAUUUUCAGAUUCCAUAUUCUUAUAGCAUAGAAAUCGUAACAACCUGGUUUUGGAUCCUGGCGAAUAAAAACAGCUUAAAUAUUUUAGUGGCAAGUAGAAUACAUUAAUAUUUUACUGUGGGUAAGGAGUGCUCUUCUGGAAAAAAUCUACAGCCUAUCCCCAUUACGUGCACUUUGCUUCUUAUUGCAGUGUAGUCUCAGAGCGUGCAAAACACAUUCUUUUCAGAUGAAUGAAGCCAAAACUACCACUAAUAAACAUGUGUCAAAAAACUGUUCUUAUUCCCAUACUGCUUAAACUACAUCUGGGCAGAUAUUUGAAAGUCUGCAAUAUUAAGUAAUCAAUUUUCUUAGGACCAAUCUGAAAUACUGGUCUACAGCCAAGUAUACCUUUGAGAAAACCCUGUAAGAAGCAAUGGAGCAGAAUAAAUCCAAGAGUACUGCAAAUAUUGCUGUGGGCUGUAAAUAGAAGAAUGUGAGUAAUGCCGGGCCAAAAUAUAUUGGCACCAUAUUGGAGCAAUGUAAGAUAUUAGAUAGAUAAAUGUAAAUAGCCUGUAAUUAUUAGAUAUUUGGGAGAAUGGCAUUAGCUUCCCAAGCUAAAGCCAUUUCUUUGACUCUAUUUGAUAUUCCUAAGCAUGCUAGAGCCAAUGAUGAGCAGUGCCUACAAAUUUCCGUUCCUCAUAGUGAAGGAAUACGCCUCUGGUUUUCAGUGUAGCAUCGUUCUGGCCUGACAGGUAGUGCACUGAUUCUGAUAAAGUAUGAUUCAAUUUAUGUGCCACAGGCCCACUACUGCUAUUUGUAGAGCAGAAGUAUCCAAGAGAGGGCUGAUUUGCUAGGUCUCUAAAAAGAAACAAUUGUGCAAAAUCAAUUUCAUUAUAUAUAGUAAUUCUACCCUGAGCCUAGUGAUUAUUAGAUGCUAGACUGACAGCAUCAAAAACUGUGCCCAGAAGACAGGGGUUUACUCAUAGUCUCCUGACAGCUGCAGGGACAAACUGUAAGAGCCAGUUCAUUCGUCAUGCAGGAGGUGUGUAGAUUAUUCCCUCAAAUAGACGAAGACAUUGCAUAGUGAUAGUGGCUUUUAUCAUAUGGACUUCAGUCCUGCUGAAACUGCACUGGAGCUACCAACUGAUUUCAGAUAAACUACUACAGCUACCAGCUGAUAAUGACUUCCAGUUGCUCUUGACUUUGGCCAUAGUUACAGCAGUGACCUAUAAGAAAUGAAAGGCUCUGUGUGUCAUUACCAACCCCCCUGAACUGUCAAGACAAGUUAUCGGAUGGAGGAGUUUCUCCCUCUGCAAAUGAUCUUCAGGCAGAAGGAAAAAAUCUUUCCUUCAUGCAGAAGAAAAAAAAAUAUUAUGCUGUUUUCAGAUGUUAUAAAUGUCUUCACAAGAUUGCUUGUGGUUUCUCAAUAUUGGUGUAAAGAGGAAUUUGUGUAUUUCUCUUGUAAAUUUCUUCUCUGGGAUGCACGCAAUUGCACAAUUGUUACCUCUUGAAGUCCUGAACCUGUUUCCACUGAAAUCCAGUGGAAGAUAAUACCACCAGGCUUUGAUCUUAAAUCAGCAUAAGCUUGAGAUGAUAAAUUAAUAGGCCUUUAUAUAUUGCUAAGUCAGCCAGAAGUUUUUCCCGAGUGGUAACUCUGUCCCUAUUCUUAAAAGACACUCUUCUUUCCUAAUAACCAGACUUUCUAAAUAAAAGCAGCAAUAAUGCUUCACUCAAAAAUUGCCUGUCUGUGAUAUUUCUGUAAGAAAGUCUGCCCACUUUCUGGAAAGGCUGGAGUGUUUUUCAUAGCAAGCUUUUUGUGCUGAAGCUGUUUCCUUUUUUCUUGUACCAGCUAUCUUAUUAAAGCUUCUAGCAUUCCAACUUUGACUUCCUAGUAUCUUUGCUGGCCCUCAUGCCCAGCUAUGCUGCAAGAAAAACCAUAUGUCCCCUUCCUUCAAGGUCCCACAUCAGGCAGGGUGGCCAUGGCAUAGUCACUGUGUCCUCAUUUCCGACAGUGCCACUCCAUCAAGCUCGUAUUAGUACAGGAGGAGCUGGCAAGGUGCAGAUGGGUGCCUGCACCACCACCAGGGUGCCUGGCAGUUCUUGCAGGCCCACCUCAUCCUUGCAGGGAUACAGUAGCCUUUUGUACACAGUACAGUUACCCCCUUCUUGCAAGCUGAAUUAUCCUGCCCGUUCUCCUCGUAGAACACAAAAGAAAGGUGUCUACUCAUUUGGUUUGGUCCUGUCAGCUUUGAUGACAUCCCUCUGAAUUUCAAUCUGGUGGGGGGGAGUGUGUGUUCCUCCACGGCUUUUGGGGAAAGGCCAGUGCUGAAAGUAAAACAGAGUGAAGGGCAGAUGUAACACCAUCCCCCUCAGCCAGAGCACAAGGUACUUUUGACUUGGUUCUUUAUUGCAUAUAUUAAUUUUAAAAAGAGGCAUUGUACUUUUACAAUUUUUUCACAAACCACAAAUCAGUGAAUUUAAUCUUUCUAAAAUUAAAAAAAUAAUUUUUCAAAGUGGUUUUAAAUAAGUGCUGUUUCUGUUUGUUGUCAUACCUUUUUUUUGAAUGUGGGGUAUUUUUAAAGAGAAGUUUCUGUGAUUGUUGCUCAGCACCGAGAGUACUUGAGUCAGUUUUUAAUCAAUUGCAAUUUGACAAGUAGAUUUUUUUCCCUCUCACAAACUGGGCAAGCAGGACAUCCUGGAUUAGUAUUAAAAUAGUGUCAGGGCAAUCAUCGGCAUGGAGGGGAAAAGCCUGAAUGCGGUUUACCAAGAGUAAUCUGAAAUCUAUUUCAACAGAUGCACAAUAGUCCCUGGAAACUUUCAAACCAUCCAAUGACUCCCACAUCUGUCUUUCUCAAAACACUUGCCUACAUCAACUAAGUAUAUUGAAACUACCCAACUCACCACCUGCUCAACUGACUGUUUUCACAAAGAUUCACAUCAGGUUACUUACUGUUCACUCCAGUUUUGUGAAGUAAAAUUAAUAAAACUAAUCAUCAUAAAUAUGCUUUUUAAAGCAGCUUAAUCCAUGCUUGCCCUCACAAAAUCUCCAUAUGGAGCUAAAUCAAUGUUAGGAUUUCCAUCUUAUUAGGAGAGAGAGCGUAUUUCAGUGGCUGGUCUUUGCAGGGCCACAGGCAUUGAAUGGGAUGAGAACAUCAAUCCUGUGUCCAUCUGUCCACCACUUCAGUUAAUAAUUAAUUUUUAACAUCUUCACCAAGUUGAAGAUUUUACAGCUCCACCUGCUAAGAAACACAACCCUGUCAAGAGCAAGAUUUCUCCAAAAAAACCCCAAACAAAUGCAUUUUUCAGGUUCAGACAUUUAAAUGGGCUUCAAGCAAAUACAUGGUAUGCAAAGAUAUUAAAAGACAUUCUAUUUUUUCAUUAUAUUAUGCAGUUGUUAGUCAAAGACCAGAUGAUAUCUCCCUCUUUCUUGAAUCCCCAUUUUCAUAAGGGAUAAUAGCCCAAGGGAAGAAAAUUCCAUUCUCUACCGCUUUCUAAUAAUAGCUGUUGUUAUUACACAAGGUUAGUGCACAGAGACCAAAAAAUCAUUUCAAACAGGGCUCUUUUAAUCCGUGUUCUCUAAAAUUAGAACACUUCCAUUGAUUUGGCAUUUGCUACUUAAUUCUAUUUUUUUUCAUUCCUGUAGGACAAAACUUUGUUCCAUCCGGUAAGCAGCAGCUGCAUAGAUUGCAACCCAGCUGAGAAGAAGAUUUUCAUGAACAGAUGUGAUCCUUUAUCUGAAACUCAACAGUGGAUUUUUGAACAUAUUAAUAUGACUGUUUUAGAAAA